UUCUGCUCAUGUUGCAAACGGGGCUCCAGAAUGGAUCCCGUUCACAAUCCGAGACACCACUGUAUGUGGUUUCCAAAUCCUUUAUGAACUUUUACUUUAUCAUACCAAAGAUAUGCGUGCUAUCUGAAUCUGUUGCCAAAUCCUUCCAGAUCCAAAAGGUCUUUAUUCUCCAACAACAUCCAAUCCCUUAACCAACAAAGGCAUGAUGCUUGCUUUUCUCACUCAGCAAGAAAGCAGCCACAGAAGGACGUGUAUCUCCACUGGAUGCCCCACGGACUGCGGCUUGAUGCACCCCCACCCCCUCCCACGCAAACCAUGCAGUGUUUUAGCAGGUGGAGGUUGCAUCUUGGAGCCGCAUCUCAUGAAUCCGCUCCAGGCAAUUUAAAGCACCCCUUCCUGCAACGGAAAGAAUCCUGGGAACCAUGGUCUACCCCUCAGGGCCUACAAUGCGCAGUACCCUUAAACCACAGUUCCCCGCAUUCCGGAGGGGUGGGGUGCCUGUAAGCUUAGGAUCGGGCUGCGCGCGCGGAAAGGACCCCUUCUCCCUCCCGAGCCCUCGAGGCGACCACGUGGCUGGCUUGGGAUCCCCGCUUGCUGAUUGGCUGUCCUUGGCUGCCGCCUGGCGCCCCGGGCGACCGAGGGAUGGAGCGUUCGGGCUGAUUUUUGAAUCGGGCCGAAGCAGGUGGGAGUUGGGCGGCGGCAGAAGCGGCCGGAGGAGUUUUUUCGCAGGUACAAGAAUAAAACAAGUCGCCCACAUUGGGGUGGGGAAGCCUGUAGGCCUCCAGAUUGGCUGGACUGCCGUUCUCAUCACCCCUGACCCCUGGCCAUGCUGGCUGUUGCUCCUGGGAUUCAUCUGGCGUGUUGGGAGUUUGGGUGCAACUCAGCUUGGAGGAGUUAAGACAAGAGAGGGUGGCUGGAGGCCUUCCAGAAAGCAGGAGAUAAGGCUGCUUUCCCCAGCUGCUGAACUCAUUCCUUUAAGAAACUCCAGAGAGCAGGCAGAACAAGCUGGAGGAGACAUCAGCAGAGUUAGCCAUGAAGAAGGCAGGGAAGCAAAGCCCUGGAGGCUCCUCUUCAUCCAGUGACCCGCAGGGGACAUCCAGGGAUGCAUCAGAGCAGAUGUGCCCUAACCCACCUUCCCAGGAGGACACCGUCAGAGUCACUUCACUUCCCCACCCAAAACAGCCAUCCUACAGCAUGGAGCUGUUUAACCCCAACCCCUGGCAGGACCUUCGGUGGUACCAGAUCCCCUUGUCAUCUUCAAGGAGGCCCAAAGCAGGCCUCUUCAGCUUUACAUUCCAGUCCAGCCUGGAGGAGUACCAGCAGCUCCGGAGGUCCAAGAAUCUGAAAAUCGGCCGGCCCUUCUCCAUGCCGCCUCCUUCUUCUGCUCCCUUGAUGCUCACUGAUGGCUCCCAGGAAGCACCACACAAGAGGCAAGACGGCCGCAGGCGCUCAAGAGCUGGUGAAGCCAAACGUGGCAAAUCCCUCUCCUAUAUCAAAGAGCCCCAGGCCGCUUUGCGGCAGAUGCAAAAAAGGUCCCAUAAAUGCAGGUCAUCAGCAGCCCGCUUUUUGUCCAAGAGAGACACAGGCUUCUUGGGAGCUCCCAGCCAGGGACAGAAGAAGGGGCCUGGGGGCAGCUGCAGCAACAAUGCGGGGCAGCAAGGCCUCUCUUUGUAUGAGCACGGCCUCCCUAAUUUGUUUCCCUCUGCACAUCCCCAGGAAGAGGCAUCCCACAGCAGCCACAGCUCCAGCCUGUGGGGCAACCCAGACUCUCCGCUGGAGGAAGAUCAAGAGGACGCCAUGUUCCCUCCAGACUGGUCCCCACCCCGGAUUGAAUUCCUGUACAAUGACGAACUGCUGCCCUUGAGCCCUGCCCCAGACCCCGCAUCUGAGUACCAAAGCUCGGAGGAGAUGCCUGAUAUCACCCAAGAGCCUGCUGAGCUGCACAUGAUGGAGUCCACAGCCAAGGCCUCUUCCCCCGCUGGGGACCACCCACAGUUCCUAGAAGAGCCUGUGGUCCUGCAGCCAAAGAAUGCAACUCUUCAGGAGGCAGAGAGAGUUGGUCCCGUGCUCCCCAUGGCCAGUGUCUUUCACAUGGCAAGUGAGCAGCUGGAAGGAGCCCCGCUUGAGGGCCAAACCCAGACAAGCACCCAGAGGGCCUUAGAGCUGGAGUCUCCUUUCUUACCCUCUCCUAGCCAUCCAUUGGCCACACCACCUGCCACCUACCUUAGAAGCAGUGCCUCGACAUCCUCCAGUGAGCUUGCUGGGGACCCAGUGAGGCUGCCCUACGAUUCAGACCAAGAGGAAGACCCAGGCCCAGAGCAUUCCUCUUUUCCCACCCCUGCCCAUUUCCCGACGACAUCCUCCAGCAUCUCAGCCUCCCCAGAUGAGCUUUCAGGUGACCCAAGGAGACUGGCUGUAGGCUCAGACAUGGAUGAAGACACUGAUGACCUUGUGUCUCUUGGAGACCUCCUGCAGAUGAGCAGUUCAGAUCCGGGCUCUGAGGACCUUUACACACUCCUUUCUUCAGAGCCAGACGGUUAUCUCAGCAGCCUUGACAAGUUCCUUGAGAAAAGGGAACAAUCCUGUGCGGAUGAGGAGCUGGAAAGAAGCCUGGGGGGGAAACUGCUGCUCUCCAACUCGUUCAGUUUGGUGGAGGCAACGGAAGAGAAUGCAGCCUUGUCUCCUGAGGCCCGCAGGUUCCUCCUGGAGCAGUUCCUUGUCAGCCAGGCCACAAUCCCAGCUGUUCAUCCCGGCGAAUGCAUCUUCGUGUUGCCUCCCUACCUGAGGACGGCUUUGACUCUUGACACUGUUCGGCUGAAACCACAGAAUCAGCUAGAAAGAUAUUUCUUUGGCGCUCCAUUUGCCCUCCAGAUGGCGCUCCUCCGAGACGGCUUCCUUGGCGCCCUGUAUCACGGCACCUGCCACUGCCCUCAGCCUCUCCUGCAGUGGCUCUUCCAGCUGAUGUCUUGGAGCCCAGUCGUCUCACCAGGUGCCUUCCAAACCCUCUGGGAAAUCAGCACUCCUCAGAUUGCCUCAGCCGACAAGAUCCCAGAUCUUUGGUGCCCAAUGCUGAAGGACAUCACACAAGCCUUCUACAAUUUGGGAGCCUGUACAUCUGCCUUGUACCUUCCUGGGCUUGUUCAGCCAGAAUUCAGACCUAAAGACGUAAAGGUUUCUGAACACCUUCCUGGCUCCGCAGACACCGAGAGCGAGAGCCUUCCUGAGGGAGCAUCUUGGCAGCUCACCUUGACAUCAGUGCUUGGAGAUAUAUUUAAGUUCCUGACAUUGUGUGUGGCGUCCCAUCCGCACUCCUACCCUGACCGCCAGCGCUUGGCCCUCCUCGUGUUGCUCUGCCGGCUUGGCCUGGACAAGAACCUGCGGAAGCAUCCACAGACAGGGCUUCAGCAACUGCUGGUGGUGCUGUUUGAAGGCAUCCAGGACUGGUCAGAAAAGCUGCCAGAAUUGUGCAGGUCCCUCUGCCAUGUCUCACAGCACCAUCACAAUUUGGUAGCUGUUGUGCGUUCCUUUCCUGACACCACAGCCAGAGGACGACAACUGCGCAGGAACCUGAGUCUCUGUUUCAUUACAAAGCUGCUGGGAAAGAUGCAGACAGCAGUGAGCAAUGAGUUGCAAGAGCUGGUCCAUCUCCUGCCCCUCAUGAAGCCUGCCCUUUUGAAGCAGGGCCUACAGCAAGAUCAGAGGCUUCAGGUGCAGCCUGGGAAAAACCAGCAGGAGGUGCUCGCUGAACUUGACCUGGAGGCCUGCUACCUCUGCCACAGCCUCCUGACACUGGCCAAUGUGGUUGUGGGAACCACGGCUGUCCCUCUGAGAGAUCAGAGGCACCUCCAGCAGCUCUGCAUCCAGCUGCAGCAACACAUCACCACAGGCAUACGGGAAGACGUUGGCCUCAUGUACCGCACGGAGCUCAAGGACCUGGCUGCCCAAACCUUUCUCAAGUGGGAGGAGCUGCAUUCUCGGGGCUGGCUCAAGAGAACCUCCCUGCAGGGCCAGAAUGAAAACAUCUGAUGGGACAUAUCCCAAGAAACCAGGGCUUUGCCAGAGGGAGCAGCAGCAAGGAGCCCAGCAAAGCAGUUUGGUGGAGUGAGGCAGGCGCACAACAGUUCCCCCCCCAGUCCCCCCCCUUCCUAGUUCCUCAGCCGCAGGGGCAUUUUAAACUUGGGUUUCAAACCUUUUUUUCUAAAGGAGAAAAGUUCUUUCAAGGGCUAAGCUAACAAUGUUUGCUAUUUAUUUGCACAACCUUGUGCCUUUAAGAAGUGUGCCUUUCAAAGCAAAAACGCUCAAGGAAGGAAUAUCCACCCCUCUCUGCACAGAGGAGGCCAAAAUAAAUGUCAUUUUUAAUGGA